AUGUAUGAUGCAUUUAAAAUAUCUGUUGCAUUAGACAAAUUAAAUAUUAAAAUAGAGUCACUUUAUGCUUACGAUCAAAAGUUGUUUAUCGGGACUUCUACGGGUUCAUUAUUUGUAUAUGAAGUCAAGGAAUCUUUAGACGAAGAAAAACCUUUAUCUGUCAAUUUAAUUGAAACUCGCAAAAACUUUUCAAAAAGAUCAAUUGAACAGUUAAAUGUGAUAAAAGAGAUUGAUGUAUUGGUUGCACUUUCAGCUAAAACACGUGGUGCUAAUUUAUUUGCAAUCGAUACUAUUGAAGUAAGUCCGGAUGAUGAUGAUAAUGGAAUUCCAACAAUAGUGACUCGUCUUUCCGUUGCUGUAAAAAAGAAGUUACUUAUUUUCACUUGGAAAGAUACCGAAUUUGAAAUAUCAAUACCUGAUAGAAUACGGACAAUGGUUUCGGUCAGUUCUACAACAUUUUGUCUUGGUUUAGCUAAUGAAUAUGCCUUGUUGGAUAUUAGUUCUGGUGUUUUGAGGGAGCUUUUUUCCCCAUCAAGUACACCUAUUAAUGCUGGUUUCAGUUAUAUGGUAGUAUCAUUCAGCGCAAAAGUUAGUAAACCAUUAAUAACAAAAUUACCAAACGAUGAAAUUCUUUUGGCUAAAGACAAUGUAAGUAUUUUUGUUGGACUUGAUGGUACACCUACUCGUAAGGUUGGAAUUGAUUGGUCAGGGACACCAGAAGAAAUAGGAUAUUCUUAUCCUUAUCUUGUAGCAAUACUUCCAAAACACGUUGAAAUCAGGAACAUAGUUACUCAAUCAUUAGUACAAACAAUAGAAUUGCCACAACCACGACUUAUUAAUCGAGGAGAAUCUUUAUGUAUUGCUAAUAAUAAUACUGUUUGGAGAUUUAUUCCUAUAAAUUUUGAAAAUCAACAUGAAUAUCAAGAGGCAAUAAGUUUGACUGAGCAAAUCGAACCUCUUCAUCUUGAAAAUAAGGAUGCAAAACUUUAUCAAAUACGUGAUCUUUAUGCACAUCAUCUUUUUCAACUCAAGAAUUUUGAUGCUGCAAUGACUAUUUUUCAAGAUUUGGAAACUAAUCCUGCAGAAGUUAUUGCUUUGUACUCAUCAUUUACAUCAAAUUUCCUUCAUCAUAAAUCGGAAGAGGAUGAUGAUGAAAACAAAUUUAAUGAAAAAAAUAAUAUAACACCACAAACAGAAGAUGAAAAUGAUCCGAUAGAUAAAAGUGUUUUAAAUGGAACUGAAGAAAAUAAAAUUUUAGAAGGAAAGGAAUUAAAAAAUGCUAUUUCAGCAUUAAUAAGAUUUUUGACUGAUCGGCGGCAAAGGAUUUCCAAAAUAUUACAUCAUCAACAGGCUCAUAAACCAAAUGAUGAAAAACCACUCGAUUCACAAUCGUUUGAUAGAACUAAUUUAACAAAUGGAAAUUUAGAUCGCAUAUUGGAACUUGCAGAGAUAGUAGAUACUGCUCUUUUAAAAGCCUAUAUGAUGACCAAUGAUGCAUUAGUUGGACCAUUACUUCGUGUACAUAAUCAUGUAAAUGUUGAAGAAACUGAAGGAAUUUUACUUGAACGAAAGAAAUAUAAAGAAUUAGUUGACUUAUAUCAUGGAAAAGGCCAACAUCGAAAAUCUUUAGAAUUGUUAAAGAAACUUGGUCAAUCAUCUGAAGGAUCUAUGAAAGGAGUAUUCCAUACUAUAAUGUAUCUUCAACGUUUAAGUAUUGAACAUUUUGAAUUGAUAUUGGAAUUUGCUACAUGGGUGUUGGAGAAUGAUCCUGAAAGUGGAAUGGAUACAGCUUCUGAUUAUCAUAAUCAAUUGGUAAUGAUCUAUUUGAAAAAGAUUUUGGAGUUGAGAAAUCAAGAUCAAGAAUUUAAAAACGAUGAGAAUCAAGCAGCAUUGAGUAUCUAUGUGCACAAACUAAAAAAUGAACAAUUGGCUGAAGAGUAUUGUGUUAAAAAUUAUAAAGUAACUGAUGAUGGUACAAAAAAUGUUUUUAUGUCAUUGCUGAGAGUAUAUUUACAUCCAAGUAAAGGAGAGCAGGUUAUGAUAGAACCAGCUUUAAGGUUACUGUCACGUUAUGGAUCACAUGUGAAUGCAAUUGAGACAUUGAAUAUGCUUCCAGCUUCAACAAAAGUUUCCGAGUUGUAUUCAUUUUUUGAGAAAUACAUUAGAGAAAGUCAUCGAAACAAAAGUAUGAAUAUGAUUGUUAAAAAUUUGUUAAAAGCUGAUCAAAAACAGGCUGAAGAACAAUUGGUGUAUUAUCGAUCUCGAAGAAUCAAAAUUGAUGAAGAUCGAAUGUGCCCUCAAUGUACAAGACAAGAUGAAACAUGA